AAGUCCCUGCAGCAGAGGAGGAAGGAAGGGGGAGAAGGAGGACUCAGCCCCCCAAUAGGUUGAGCUAUGACCGGCUUGGAGGACUAGCCAACUCAACCUUGACCGGUUCGGCUCUCAUGCUAGGCGAUGAUGCGGAAGAUGAAAGCGAGGAGUGCGCUUUUGCCUUCUUCUCUCCGGUGGAGAUGCCGGGGGAGCCUACAAAUCCCAAGGAAGCUUGGGAGGGCCCCAAUGGGAAGGAGUGGAAGAAGGCCUCAGAUGAAGAAAUGGGGAGCAUCAUAGAGAACGACACAUUUGACUUGGAGAAUCUACCUCCGGGGCGGAAGGCGAUCUCUUCCAAGUGGCUCUUCAAGCGCAAGACCGACGCCGACGGCAACAUCGAGCGCUACAAGAGCAGACUUGUAGCCAAGGGGUAUCAGCAGCAAGAGAAGAAGGACUACAAUGAAGUGUAUGCCCCUGUGGUGAAGGCUUGGGAGAGCAAGAAGCAAGUGGACCAAGCAUUGAGCUCGGUGGAGUCCGAGUACAUGGCACUCUUCCGUGCCAUAAGAGAGGUUGUGUGGCAGCGGCGUUUGCUAGCUGAAUUGGGGGAGGAGCAGCAAGGACCUACCCCACUCUACUGUGAUAGCCAGGGUGCUAUUGCAUUGGCUAAGAACCCCAUUCUUCAUGGCCUUACCAAGCACAUGAAGGUGAAGUGGCAUUGGGUGAGGAGCAUGGCAACCGCGGGUGAAGUGAAGUUGCACUACGUGAAGACGACGGCGCAACCAGCUGAUAUGAUGACCAAGAGGCCAGUUGAGCAGCAGCAUUGGAAGUGUUGCAAGCUUGCGGGGAUGGCUCUGAACUAAGGGGAGCAGAUUCUAAGGCCAACAAUCCGAGGGGGAGUUUGUUGGUGCAACCCUAUGGCUUGCACUCGGCUUGUCGUCCUUGUUUGUGUGAGUGCAUGCAUGGCAUGGAAUGAAUUGUGAGUCUAUGU